AUGCCAAUGCCCCCUGUCACCGAUGUUGCCUUAGCAAUGGACUUCAUUGAAAGAAAUUGUGAGGACAAGUUCGUAUCUCAAGAUGACGUUCACUUUGUGCAGUUUCUCUCUGAAACCAUAAUGAAAAGAAAAGAUGGACACUAUGAGAUGCCAUUACCGUUCAAAGAUAACAGUCAACCAAUACUACCCAACAAUGAGAGGCUGGCCAUUAUUCAACUCCAACAUCUUAGGAAAAGGUUGAAGGCCUACAAACAGUGCCAUGAGCACUACACUGCAUUCAUGGAAGAAACAAUCAGAAAGGGAGAUGCAGAAACAGCCCCUUCAUUGUCGGAGGGAGAAGCAGUGUGA